AUGGGUGAAGAAUUAGAAAAUCAACGAUGUUUAGAAAUGGAAUCUGGUGAAUUAUUACCGGAAUUACAAUUAUUAUUUACUUUAAAACCAGGACACGAUGUUGCUGCUAUAACCAUUGAACCAAUAACAGAAAAUGUAAUUAUUGAUCAUGAUGAGAUACAUAAUUAUAUUGAAGCUCGUUAUGUUGGACCUGUAGAAGCCAGUUGGCGUAUUCUUGUAAAGGGUGCUACAAGUUUUAAUGAUUUGAGAACUGUAAAUGGAGAAUUUUAUCAAUCAUUUUCAGCGGCUUGUUUGGCGUUAGGUUUAAUCGAAGAUGAUGAUGAAUGGAAACGAGCUAUGAAUGAAGCUGUUGGAUGGAUGAUGCCUCGACAAUUUCGUAGAUUAUUUGUACGCAUAUUAUUACAUUGUCAACCAUUAUAUCCUGAAGAGUUGUGGGAAAAUUUUAAAGAAGCAAUGUCUGAGGAUUACGUUCGACAUUUUGGUAUAUUACAAGGACAAAAUAAAGCUUACGCGCAAAUUAAUAGUAUGCUUCGUGCUGAAGGUAAAAGUUUUGCUGAUUUCCCACAAAUGGAACAGUUAAUAGAAAAUAGUACAGAGGAGGAUUAUAUGACACUUGAAGAAGCUAUGGAAAUAGGCACCAAUGAGGUAGUAGGCUUUGUAGACAGUAUUGAAGCCACACGUUCUGUUGGCGACAUGAAACAAUAUAAAGUUUUUAAAUUUUAUAUUAAUAAUGGCGAAGGGAGGCGAGUACAAGUUGUCGUGUGGAAUGACGAUAUUACACCCGUAGAACCACAUGUAAAAUUAAACCACAUUAUUCAUUUAGACGGAGUGCAGGCUCGUACUCCUAAAAUUUCACGAUAUAAUAACGGCAAUGUGCCCUACGAGCUACAGAUCCAGAGUAAUACAACAAUCUCCAAUUUGGGGAAAUAUAAUAUGGAACGAACCAAUUUAAUCGAACCGGAGCUUGUGGAGUUUUGUGAUGUAAUGAAUACAUCAUCAAGAGUCGCAUUAGAGGGCUAUAUAAAGUCCAAUUUUGGGCCAAUUUAUAAAACUAAUUUAAAUAAGAAAAUUGGAUGUGGAUCUAUCACUGAUGGGUACUUUAAAUUAGAAGUACAUAUUAUAAAUUUUGAUGAAAACGAUUAUGAACUUAUGAAAGGAGAUAAAAUUAAAGUAAUUGGCGAGAUGCAAUAUGCAAUUGAUCCAUCGUACUUUUCAGUACAAAGUCUAAAAGACAUUAAGAAAUUAGAAGAGCGAAUGUCUUUGACUAGAAUAAUAAAUGUUAAUCGCACGUUAAAGAAAAAGAAAUUUGAAGAAAAUUCAUCACAACAGGUAAAAAUUAUAUCAUCAUUAAAAGUAAUAAGUGUAAUCGGUGUGUGUGUACAAGGUGAGUCAAAAGUAUGUUUAAAAAAUUUGUGUAUUCUUGCAUAAAAAGGAACAAGCUCACAAAUUUUGAAAACAAUAUUUUUGAUUCACCUUAUAUCUGCGUAGAGAGAAACAGAG